AAGCUCGUCUUGUCUCGAGUUGACUCUGAACGUCGAUUAAUAUAAAAGUGAAGUUGGAUAAAAUAAAGGAGAAAUAAAGCUUAAUCAGACGUGAUGCAAGAACGGGAAGAAUCCGCACCAAGACGGAGAAGAAGUAUGGAUAACCCUCCAAACAUGUCAGAGGUGAGACUGGUUGUUGUUGGGAGGACUGGAUCAGGGAAGAGCUCCAGUGGAAACACCAUACUGGGAGGGGCAGCCUUUACUGCAGAUGUCAGCCGUCUGUCCGUCACUAAACAGUGCUGUAAGCAGACCGGUGUGGUGUACAACAGGCAGGUGACCAUCAUCGACACCCCCGGCCUCUUCGACACUUCGCAGGAUGAUGAAACUAUAAAGCGAGAGAUCGCCAAAUGCAUCAACAUGUCGGCCCCGGGGCCCCACGCCAUCCUGCUGGUCAUCAAGCUGGGGCCUUUCACAGCAGAAGAAAGAGACGCCGUCGGGAAGGUGGAAGAGAUCUUUGGAAAGGAUGCCUGGAAGUACACCAUCAUCCUUUUCACAUAUGGGGACAGAGUCACGUCACACUUCCAACAGCUGGUGGAGAAGGCUGGACCCGAGCUGCAGACCAUCCUGGCUAAGGUGGAGAACCGUUACCACGUGUUCAACAACCUCAAAGCCAACGAUCGCGGACAGGUGCUGGACCUGCUGGAGAAGGUGGAGGAGAUGGUCAAUGCCAACGGAGGACGGUUUUACUCCAACUACAUCUACGAGGACGUGUGUGAGAUGCUGCGUAAGAGAGAGGAGGAGCUCAGAGAGUUGUACGACAAGAAACUGGAGGAAAAUAUCAAAUUGGUGGAGUCAAAGUACGAGAAAAAGCUGAGUGAAGCUCAACAGGAGCGCCAAAAGGUGGAGAACAGACUGCAGUCUGAGCUGGAGGAGGUGAAGCGGUACUAUCGUGCUUUAGAGAGUGGAGUCCGUCAUGUUGUAGAGCACUCAGUGAAGACUGACACCAUGGAAGACAUUGUCAAGUUUCAUGAGGCCCUGAAACUAAACUAAACUCAGCUGGACACUCAACUGUCUUCAUCUGGACAGACUGAUGGACUUUAAAUGAGUUUAAUACUGGAUAUAGAUGCAGAAAACUUAACAUCUGUGAGCAGAACUCUUAUUCUGGCGGUGUCACAUCCUUGAUCUUUACAAUGAAAAACAUGAUGCCACUGCAGCACAAGUAUAAAUGAGUGGAAAAGUAA